AAUGAGCUAAUUUUUCACAUCAAGUCCAGCUCUUCUCGGUGCUGCAGCUGCAAGUCUGCGAGCGUUUGGUUGCUUUUGUCAUCAUGUAUCACCUGCCUGUGCUGAAGAACAGGCGCACUCUCCUCGAGAGAGCAGAGAAAUUCAUCUCGGAUAUUUACUUCACUGACUGCAAUCUGAGAGGACGGCUUUAUGGAGACUCUUGCCCCCUGGUAUCACUUGCCUGUUUCCUCACCCCUAAGCGGAUCACGUUCGCAGAAGCUUCCAAACAGAUCUUUGACCCAUGUAAAGUUGGCGAUACUUUUGGACCAACGUGGUGGACUUGCUGGUUUAAAGUCACUUUGAAAAUCCCAGAGUCCUGGAGAGGAAAAGCGGUUCAUCUUCUGUGGGAAAGUGAUGGAGAAGCAAUGGUUUGGAGAGACGAGCAGCCUGUUCAGGGCCUGACUAAAGAGGGUGAAAAGACGAGCUACAUCCUCUCGGAGUGUCUGCAGGAUGAGGAGCCGCACAGUCUCACCCUGUAUGUGGAAAUGGCCUGCAACGGGCUUUUUGGAGCUGGUCAGGGCUCUCAGAUUGCACCUCCAGAUCCAAACCGGAAGUUUUCUGUACAGAGAGCUGACCUAGUUGUAUUCAACGGGGAUGUAAGAGAGCUGCUGACAGACUUUGAGAUGCUUGUUGACAUUGUAAAGGAGCUUGGAGAGGAAGAGCAGCGAGGCUACCAGGCGCUCUUCACUGUCAAUGAGAUGGUGAACCUCUGUGACCCCUCUGACCCCAGUUCUUUUGCUAAAGUACAUAGUCUGGCAGGCACCUUCUUCAACCAGCGGAAUGGAGAAAGCCAGCAUACUGUCCAUGCAAUUGGUCACUGCCACAUAGACUCGGCCUGGUUGUGGCCCUAUGAGGAGACCAUUAGAAAAUGUGGCCGAAGUUGGGUGACAGUGAUUCGUUUAAUGGAGAAGAACCCAGAGUUCGUCUUUACCUGCUCUCAGGCCCAGCAGUUCCAGUGGGUAAAGAGCUGGUACCCUGGACUCUUCUCCUCAAUUCAGCACUAUGUGAAGAAAGGACAGUUCAUUCCAGUUGGAGGCACGUGGGUGGAAAUGGAUGGAAAUCUGCCUUCGGGUGAGUCCAUGGUCCGGCAGUUCCUGGAGGGCCAGCGUUUCUUUAACAAAGAGUUUGGGAGGUAUUGCAAAGAGUUCUGGCUUCCUGAUACGUUUGGCUACUCUGCUCAGCUUCCGCAAAUAAUGCAGGGCUGUGGCAUUUCCAACUUUUUGACCCAGAAGCUAAGCUGGAAUUUGGUCAACACCUUUCCUCACAACACGUUUUUCUGGGAAGGCCUGGAUGGCUCGACAGUUUUAACUCACUUCCCACCUGGAAAUUCCUACGAAAUGAAAGGCAAGGUCGAAGAUCUGGUAAAAACUCUGAAAAAUAACAAAGACAAGGGCAGAGCCAAUCACAGCGCAGCACUCUUUGGUUUUGGCGACGGUGGUGGCGGACCCACACAGCUCAUGCUAGACAGACUGCGCCUUGUUCAGGACACAAAUGGACUUCCUAAAGUCCAGAUGUCCACUCCUGAUGAGCUUUUCACUCGGCUGCAGGCUGACUCAGCUCUGCUGUGCACGUGGGCGGGGGAGCUCUUUCUGGAGCUACACAAUGGAACAUACACCACACAGGCACAGAUAAAAAGAGGAAACCGCCAGUGUGAGACGCUGCUUCAUGAUAUUGAGAUAGCCAGCAGCUUGGCGCUGUACCGCAACAACACGUUUCCAUACCCUGCUGAGAAACUGCAAGAGCUCUGGAGGCUGCUUCUACUGAACCAGUUUCACGACGUGAUUCCUGGCAGCUGUAUAGAGAUGGUGGUGGAGGAUGCUCUGAAAUAUUAUGAAGAUAUCCGCAGUGGGGGUGCUGCACUUCUGCGUGACGCAUGUGAAGCCCUGGUGGCAAAAGGCAGCUCCAUGGCCGUGUUCAAUUCUCUGCCUUGGGAACGUCUUGAAGUUGUCCAGAUUCAAGAGGGAGCUGAAAAAAGUGGUCUAGCUCUGGUGAGAGCUUCCAGCAUCGGUGUGUCUCCCGUGAAAGACACACCGCCAGUGACUCCGGUUUCUGUCACCGUUCAGGCUGAUGGCACAGUCGUCAUGGAGAAUGGUCUUUUAAAGACAGCCGUAAACAGAGAUGGCACUUUGGCAUCGCUGUGUUUGAUCAGCGCAAACAGGGAAAGCAUUUCUGAUGGUUGCCUUGGGAACCAGUUUGUCAUGUUUGACGAUGUCCCUCUGUACUGGGACGCAUGGGAUGUAAUGGACUACCAUCUCCAGACAAGGAAACCAGUGGCAGAGGUGGUGCAGCCAGUUCAUGUGGUGUCACCAGGCGGACUGCGGGGCAGUGUCAGCUUCACCCUGAGGAUCAGUGAUAAGAGCACAAUCACACAGGAGAUUAUCAUGGAUGCCAUGUGUCCUUACAUCAAGUUCAGCACAGAAGUUCAGUGGGCAGAAUCUCACAAGUUUCUCAAGGUUGAAUUUCCUGUGCGAGUUCGCAGCCCCAAUGCUACCUACGAGAUCCAGUUUGGCCACUUGCAGAGACCCACUCAUCGCAACACUUCGUGGGACUGGGCUAAAUUCGAGGUUUGGGGCCACAAAUGGGCCGACUUGUCAGAGCACAAUUUUGGAGUCUCACUGCUGAACGACUGCAAAUACGGCUACUCUGUGCACAAGAACACAAUGACUCUUUCCCUACUGAGAGCACCCAAGUCCCCAGAUGCCACUGCUGACAUGGGGAUUCAUCACUUCACAUAUGCAAUCAUGCCACACACAAGAUCCUUCCAAGAAGCCUCUGUCAUCCAGUGUGCCUACAACCUCAAUUUCCCUCUGAGGUUAAUCCAGUGCAGCCCCGACACUGUGCCCUGGAGUGCCUUUUCUGUGACCUCUCAAGCUGUCGUACUGGAGACAAUAAAGCAGGCUGAGGACAGAGGUGGGGUGCUCGUAGUCCGCCUUUACGAGUCGCGUGGGAGCAGCGUGACUGCAACUCUGAGAACCGCACUUCCAGUCAGGGAAGCUUGGGUCUGUGACCUCCUGGAGAAGCAAGACCCCAACCAGCCAGUACCGGUUACAUCAGAAGGAAUCACUCUGGACUUCAACCCCUUUCAGAUUGUCUCACUAUUGCUGAUCAUGUGAUAACAUGUGGGAUUUCAUUAAGCGUUACGGAAAUGGAAUACGGAUCAACACUUAGACAUUACAUGAAAGCUAAAGAUUACAUUGAAUUGGCUGCUGUUUUACUAACAGUUUACGAGGACACUUCAUGUGAUUGGUACUGUUUAUACGCUGUUUAAAAGUAAUUUGAUUUGAUUAUUUUGUAUCAAAUUAAUAAACAAUUUGUACAAAAUGUUUUGAAGAAACUUUUUAUUAAUAAAAAAGGAUUUUUAAUAGUAUAAAAUCAUAAGUG